AUGUCAGGGACCGAUCCAGGUCAUCAGGUCCACGUUGAAGACUGCGCCGCUGAUGACGGAAAGGAGACGCUCGCAAUCUAUCUGUUUUGCCCUCCUACGUUGGCAGGUGAACUCCAACAAGCAACUCUAUCGGGACAUCUGCGAUAUCUGCAUGCACCGUUUGUUGCAUUGGAGGAAACACGCAUCACGGCUUGCCCUCUCAUCAGUAUCGACAAUUACACCACCUACUGGGCGAUGCUGAUGAAAAGAAAAUGCGCCUUUGUACGACUGCGGGAUCGCAGAGGACCCAAACUCUGGAUCAUAUGUGCUCACGCACCUUCGGAGGCCCCAGAGGAUCACAAAAAGGACGCGUUUUAUGAUGAACUCAAUACGUUGAUGUCUAAGAUACGAAACCAGCAGGCGAUAAUUGUCAGAAUUGAUGCGAAUGCAAAUAUGAAAAGGUAUCGGGGAGCUCAACAUCAGCCGAAGCUCGCCUUAGAAGGUCUGAAAACGAGGAAUGAAGAAGGAAGUUCCGCCAACGAGUGUCGACUAAUAUUGGAUUACGGACCAGGAAGAGAGUGGACGACGCAAACUCUUUGA